UGGCUGCUCGGGGGGCGCUGAGGGAGCCCCCCAGAGUGGCGCAGCGGACUCGCUUCUCCCCUGCGUGCCCAGGCCUCCGAGUUUAUUCUCCAGCCGAGAGGACACGGCUGUGAUCGGAAGAUUUUGUGUGGACAGUAAUGACCUCACGUUUCCGAUUGCCUGCUGGCAGAACCUACAAUGUACGAGCAUCAGAGCUGGCCAGAGACAGACAGCAUACAGAGGUGGUUUGCAACAUCCUUCUCCUGGAUAACACUGUCCAAGCUUUCAAUAUUAACAAACAUGAUCAUGGGCAAGUUCUGUUGGAUAUAGUCUUCAGGCAUCUUGAUUUGACUGAGCGAGACUAUUUUGGUUUGCAGUUGGCUGAUGAUUCCACAGAUAACCCAAGGUGGCUAGAUCCAAAUAAACCAAUAAGGAAGCAGCUGAAGAUACUGCUUUUAUUAAUUCUAGGAGGAUCUCCUUAUAGUUUGAACUUUAGAGUCAAAUUUUUUGUAAGUGACCCCAACAAGUUACAAGAAGAAUAUACAAGGUACCAGUAUUUUUUGCAAAUAAAACAAGACAUUUUAACUGGAAGAUUGCCCUGUCCUUAUAAUACUGCUGCCCUUUUAGCUUCAUUUGCUGUUCAGUCUGAACUUGGAGACUACAAUCAGUCAGAAAACUUGCCAGGCUACCUCUCAGAUUAUUCUUUCAUUCCUAAUCAACCUCAAGAUUUUGAAAAAGAAAUUGCAAAAUUACAUCAGCAGCAUACAGGCUUAUCUCCUGCAGAAGCAGAAUUUAAUUACCUAAAUACAGCACGUACCUUAGAACUGUAUGGAGUUGAAUUCCACUAUGCAAGGGAUCAAAGUAACAAUGAAAUUACAAUUGGAGUGAUGUCAGGAGGAAUUCUGAUUUAUAACAACAGGGUACGAAUGAAUACCUUUCCAUGGUUGAAGAUUGUAAAAAUUUCUUUUAAGUGCAAACAGUUUUUUAUUCAACUUAGAAAAGAAUUGCACGAAUCUAGAGAAACAUUGUUGGGAUUUAAUAUGGUGAAUUACAGAGCAUGUAAAAACUUGUGGAAAGCAUGUGUAGAACAUCACACAUUCUUCCGUUUGGACAGACCACUUCCACCUCAAAAGAAUUUUUUUGCACAUUAUUUUACAUUAGGUUCAAAAUUUCGGUACUGUGGGAGAACUGAAGUCCAGUCAGUUCAGUAUGGCAAAGAAAAGGCAAAUAAAGACAGAGUAUUUGCAAGAUCCCCAAGUAAGCCAAUGGCACGGAAAUUAAUGGAUUGGGAAGUAGUAAGCAGAAAUUCAGUAUCUGAUGACAGGUUAGAAACACAAAGCCUUCCAUCACGGUCUCCACCUGGAACUCCUAAUCACCGAAAUUCUACAUUCACACAAGAGGGAACCCGGUUACGACCAUUUUCCGUUGGUCAUUUAGUAGACCAUGUGGUCCGCACUUCCCCAAGUGAAAUUUUUGUGAAUCAGAGAUCUCCAUCAUCAACACAAGCUAAUAGCAUUGUUCUGGAAUCGUCACCAUCACAAGAAACUCCUGAAGAUGGGCAGCCUCCAGCUUUACCACCCAAACAAUCUAAAAAAAACAGUUGGAACCAAAUUCAUUAUUCACAGUCUCAGCAAGAUCUGGAAAACCACACGAAUGAAACGUUUGAUGUUCCAUCUUCCCCUGAAAAGUCUACUCCUAAUGGUGGUAUUCCGCAUGAUAAUCUUGUUCUAAUCAGAAUGAAACCUGAUGAAAAUGGAAGAUUUGGAUUUAAUGUAAAGGGAGGAUAUGAUCAGAAGAUGCCUGUAAUUGUGUCCCGAGUGGCACCAGGAACACCUGCUGACCUCUGUGUCCCUCGACUGAAUGAAGGGGACCAAGUUGUACUGAUCAAUGGCUGGGAUAUUGCAGAACAUACCCACGAUCAAGUUGUCCUUUUUAUCAAAGCUAGCUGUGAGAGACAUUCUGGGGAACUUGUGCUUCUAGUUCGACCUAAUGCUGUAUAUGAUGUAGUGGAAGAAAAGCUAGAAAAUGAGCCAGACUUCCAGUACAUUCCUGAGAAAGCCCCACAAGACAGCGUCCAUCAAGAUGACCAUUCUUUGAGGGAAUCGAUGAUCCAGCUAGCUGAGGGGCUAAUCACUGGAACAGUUCUGGCACAGUUUGAUCAACUGUAUCGGAAGAAACCUGGAAUGACAAUGUCUUGUGCCAAAUUACCUCAGAAUAUUUCCAAAAAUAGAUACAGAGAUAUUUCGCCUUAUGAUGCUACACGGGUCAUUUUAAAAGGUAAUGAAGACUACAUCAAUGCAAACUAUAUAAAUAUGGAAAUUCCUUCUUCAAGUAUUAUUAAUCAGUACAUUGCCUGUCAAGGGCCAUUACCACACACUUGCACAGAUUUUUGGCAGAUGACUUGGGAACAAGGCUCCUCUAUGGUUGUAAUGUUGACCACACAAGUUGAACGUGGCCGAGUUAAAUGUCACCAGUACUGGCCAGAAUCCACAGGAAGUUCAUCCUAUGGAUGUUACCAAGUCACCUGCCACUCGGAAGAAGGAAACUCUGCUUAUAUCUUCAGGAAGAUGACACUAUUAAACCAAGAGAAAAAUGAAAGUCGUCAACUCACUCAGAUCCAGUAUAUAGCCUGGCCUGACCAUGGAGUCCCUGAUAAUUCAAGUGACUUCCUGGACUUUGUGUGUCAUGUACGAAAUAAGAGGGCUGGAAGAGAAGAGCCUAUUGUUGUUCAUUGCAGUGCUGGAAUUGGAAGAACCGGGGUUCUUAUUACUAUGGAAACAGCCAUGUGUCUCAUUGAAUGCAAUCAGCCAGUUUAUCCACUAGACAUCGUAAGAACAAUGAGAGAUCAACGAGCCAUGAUGAUCCAAACACCUAGUCAAUACAGAUUUGUGUGUGAAGCUAUUUUGAAAGUUUAUGAAGAAGGCUUUGUUAAACCCUUAACACCAUCAUCAAAUAAAUAAGAAAACAAAAGUUCUGGGAUAUGUGUUGGAAAACUGCUUUUCAUUAUAUUCACUAUGCCAUAACACUGCUCACAGGAAAUGGCAUCUCAAAAAAAGAGAAAGAAGAAGAAGAACUCACAAAAACUUUUGAAAACUUCAGCACUAUUGCACUUUAUUGUUUAAAAAUGUCACUCUUUCAAAAUCUAUAAUUCAUGUGUUUGAAGACUAUUUCUUGCUUUGCUCCAAACAAAUAGUGAAUAACUGAGUAUGUUCAGGGUAAUUUAUGAAAUUUUGUGGUGGUGCCAUGCAGUACCUUUCCAGUAGAAUUGCCACAAACAAGGCUCAGAAUUCUUAUCCCUGGUGUACACCUGUAUCGUAAAGCAAAAAGAAGUAAACAUCACAAGUCAGCUCUGGUCUUUUUUGGUGGUUUAUGUACUUACUAAUACUGAUUACCAGAUUUUAUUUUUUAAAUUUUAGCAAUAUCAUUCUCAAUAUUAGCCAAUACACUGCCUAUGGAUGCAGCACAUCUUUCCCUACAACCCCACCCUGCAAGUAGAGACCUGCUAUUCAGAAGAAGAAAGGUGGAAUUUGUUAUUAUUCCCAGGAAAUGCUGCACAUUGUCCAUUUACCAGCAUCUUAUAGAAAGUAAAAUAUGAAUCUACAAAUUGUCUUGGAUUUAAUAAUAUAACAUAUUUAUCUUAAGGUUGGCUUAUUCCAAAUCAUGUGAUUUCACAUAUUUGAUGUAAAGGAAUGCAUGCAUUGUCUUAACCCCUUAAGUGCCUUGAGAUGUCAUUGUAUGUCUAAAGAAAAAGGCACUCAUUUGACCCCACUAGGAGGUGUGUAUGUAUAUUGUACAUUCUGACAUUUUUAUGCAUUUUUAAUAAGUUCACAUUUUUUAGAAAAACAGCUUCUUGUAUUGAAAGUUAUGCAGUGAAAGGAAGGUAAAGAAAUUCCAUUUCUUACUCAAUACUUGUAUUUUGCCAUAAGAAGCAAAGUUAAAAUUGUGUUCUACUGGGUGCAUGCACUGCUGCUAUGGAAUUGUUCAAAAUCCACACAUUCCUUUACUGAGGGAAGGGGUUAUAGUUUAGCAGCUCAGCUUACUCUUCAAGUUUCAGGUUUAUUUUAUUUCUAACUUUAGAAAUAGUGUCUAACAUGUAUGAUACAGAUAAAUAUUGAUACGCUAAGCUAUAGUUUGAAAACAGUGAAAUAGUUGUGACCUAUUCCUAUCCAUAACUAAAGUAUUGCUCUUCAGCACUCAGUUAAUACCAAACUUUCUCUGCACUGGUCUUUGAUUGGGUUCCUUCACACAAGAAAUUAAAUACUGACUGAUUUCUAAGUGUGACCCCUAGAUAACAAAAAUGAGCAUUUUCUUGUUUUGUGUGUGUGUACAUUUAAAUUACUCUAGCUUACAUAUACUUAAGUUAUAAGCAUGUUGGUAAGGAAACUUUUUGAUUGUCCAGCCUGACUGAGGAUCUGAGUCCCAUCAAGGAUGUUUUUUGACAGUUUUUUUCUGGUUUUGUUUUUAUGUCUAGUGAGACAGAACUCUAAAAUUGCCCAGUUUAAUAGAAGUGAACAUUUGCUUGCCUACUCAAAUCAUUAUGUUACAUAAUUAUUUGAUUUUUGUUUGGGGUUUUGUUGUUGUUUUGGUUUCUUUUUUUUUUUUUAAG